AAUCCUCUCUCAACCUUCAACCCUCGACCUCGACCUGGACCCUGGACAGCAACUAUCGACAUCCGGUGUUGCAGAACUCAACUGCCAAGCCAACCCCCACAAACCCUCCCCAUGUGUUCGCAUCUCUCUUGAAGUUACAGCCUUCAGCUUGGAUGGCACUCAAUACCAUUCACCGAUAUACCACCAAGCCAGGGCAGCCAACCCAUAACCCAUCAUGGAUCUCCCGCCGCCGGCCAUAUUUCCCAAGCGAAAGACCACCAUCGCCCACAUCUUCGGCGGCAACUCGAAAACUCCCGCCCCCUCUUCAUCUGCCAUUCCCUCGUCCUCACCCGCCUUUGGGACCCCUGUCCACCCGCUGAAACCCUUCAAGGUUACUGCUCCGACGAAACAUGCAAUACUCCCCAUCAUCCUACCGCCAGCGACUCUCCGACCCCUUGCCUUCCGUACCUUUACGAAGAAACACGGCCUGACCCUCACCUCGUCGGCGCUACAGGAGCUUGCUACCUUUAUAGGCCGUCAUUGUGGCUCAGGAUGGCGCGAGGAAGGGUUGGCCGAGAAAGUACUAGAAGAGGCAGCCAGGUCCUGGAAGGCUCGCAAUGGAGGUGUCAUUGUCGACGGCGCAAACAAGGAGCUCAAGGAGAUUCUCAAGACUCUGGAGGGCAAUAUGAGCGGGGGUAAGAUCAUCAGUGGCGGGAGGGGUCUCAGCAGGCAGGACAGCACGCUGUCCCUGGCCGCCGAAGAAGAGGCCGGCUUUUCUACCACCCGCAUGGGAUUGCGACCGAACGCCGCGUUGACGAGGGAAGAGUCCCAGCAGAGCUUCGGAAUGUCAGGCCUUGAUGUGGGUGCCGACGUGGUGGACGAGGACGAGGCCCUUCUAGACCCCAGGAAAUGGCUGAAGGUCGUGGGAGCUUUCGAGCAGCCCCGGUUAUCCUACAAUGUUGCGAAGAAGCAUUUUGAGAGGGAAACCGCCAAACCGUCUCUCCUCCCAUCAGCAUCACACAAGACGGCUCUCUUCCGAAACAGAUAUAAUGUCAUCCACCAACGCCUCCUACGAAACGAAGCCUUCCAGGUCUCCACCGUUGCUAGCAUCAGGGCGCCUACAUUGCGUCGAUCGUCAUCCAAUCAACAGAGCCACAAGAUCACCCCCAUAGCUAACCUGCUAGGCCGUCAUGGCAGCCAUCAUAUGCUCCUCGGCAUGCUGGUCGUGCUCCCCACAGGCGGUCUGGCCAUCAGCGAUCUCACAGGGACCAUUGCUCUCGACAUCUCGCAAGCGGUAGCCAUUCCCGACGACUCGGCCUGGUUCGCCCCCGGUAUGAUUGUCCUCGUGGAUGGCGUCUACGAAGAGGAAGAGGAAUCUGUCGGCAAGGGCCUCAGCGGUAGUAGUGGAGUCGGCGGCACCCUUGGCGGACGGUUUCAGGCCUUCUUCCUGGGCCAGCCGCCCUGCGAAAAGCGCCGCAUCACUCUCGGCGUGAACGGACCCGACGGAGGCCAAGAUAGCACCAUAGGAGGUGGCUUCGGCUGGAUCGACUUCCUCGGAGUAGGUAGCGAGCGCGCCGUCGGGUCCCGGAUGCGCAAGCUGGAGCAGCGACUCCUGCCCCGGCGCUCGGCCGACGACACCCACACCCACACCCCGGGCCGUGGCCGCGUCGUCAUCCUCGGCGAACUCAACCUCGAUCAGCCCCGUACCCUGCAAGCCCUUCGCAAGAUCCUCGCCCUCUACGCUGCCGAGCCCGAAGGCCAGACCCCGAUAUCCUUCGUCCUCGCCGGCAACUUCACACAGCACGCCGUCCUAGCGCGGGGCCCCGGGGCCGCAGGCGCCGGCGGCAGUAUCGAAUACAAGGAGGUCUUCGACGCCCUGGCCAGCACCCUCGCCGACUUCCCCACUCUUUUGCGGAGCGCGACUUUCGUCUUCGUCCCCGGCGACAACGACGCGUGGGUCUCGUCCUUCGGCGGCGGUGCGGCCGUCCCGCUGCCCCGUAAACCCGCCCCGGACCUCUUCACCUCGCGCAUCCGCCGCACGUUUGCCGCCGCCAACGCCGAGGCCGCCCGCGACGCGCCAGAGGGCCAGGGGAAACCGGCGGAGGGCGAGGCCAUCUGGACGUCCAACCCCAGCCGGAUCACUCUCUUCGGCCCCAACCAUGAGAUCCUCCUCUUCCGCGACGACCUCGCCGCCCGUCUACGACGCACCGCCGUACGGCUAAAGUCCUCAUCAUCGCCCUCCGCCGCGCAACCUCCCCACGACGACAAGGAUAAUGCAAACGGAAACGGAAACGAAAACGAAAACGCCACCGCCGAACAAGAAGACGCCAUGGACCUGGACGCGGAAUCUUCCGACCCCGCGACCAAGUCUGCACCACCACCAGUCCCCCAGGUCCCGCAAGACCUCCACACGGCCCGCAAGCUCGUCAAGACCCUCCUAGACCAGGGCUACCUAGCCCCCUUCCGCAACGCUACCCGGCCCGUACACUGGGACUACGCCAGCGCCCUGCAUCUGUACCCGCUCCCCACGGCCAUGGUUCUCGUCGAUACCUCCGCGCCGCCCUUCUGCGUCACCUACGAGGGGUGCCACGUCAUGAACCCGUCGGGCGUGCUCGUCCCGGGUCGCACGCGGGUCGGCCGCUGGGUUGAGUAUGAGAUGGGCAAAGUGGGAACGAUCAGGGAGAUUUCCUUCUGAGGCGGAAGGGGUCUGCUUGGCUAAAACGCGACGGGCUUGGCUACCUCUUUUCAGGAUUCGUCGGGGCGUGAGGCGUUGGAGGGGAGGACACCUAUCAUAUAGCAUGGAAUGCAUUACGGGUGUUUAUGACAGUUCCGCGAGGACAAACAAAUGCAAUCAUUAUGUUUAUAGCUUGAUGAACAAACUCGGCCGGUAUGAUAAUAUAUGUCAUGAAGCGUCUAAUUAUUGUGUAUCCACGUACGGACACAAAGUCGCUGUCGCUGUCUCUUACAUGCCGCCCAGUCCCGUCUCUACGCCGGAAAAAAAGGGGCACUGCCCAGCCCAGCCCAGAUCCGCCAGUCCCAAGUUCGAAAAACGUUUUAUAGUUACCGUUGAUCCGACAACCCCAAAACGCCCACCUGCUGCCACGAGUAUAGGGCAGAAAGAAAACCU